ACAACACACAAUACAAGAAUCUCAUAUCUUCCUGUUUCCCUGUCUCUUUCACUCCAAGAUUCUCCUCGUCAACUUGUCUUUGGACGGUUCCUUCUUCAUUAGGGUUUUCCAUGAUCCUCUGUUUCUCUUUUAUGCAGGUGCACUGCACCCAACCAAAGGGUUUGUACAUGAUUCCCAAUUUCAAAAGGUUCAAUUUUGGAGUGACAAUGCAGAGGAGUUACUGCUUCCUACAAGCUUGAUUUUUUCUAUGAUUUGAGUUUCAUGUCUUGUUUAUAAAAGCAUCAUAUCAUAAGAUUCAUAACAAAGGUCACUUUUUGAAACAUGGGUUGUGUUCAUGGCAAGGGUUGCUGUGUCAAAAAUUCUUCAUCUGAUGGAGACUCUAGAAAACAUGGCUUCCAUCAUAGCCAUAGGAAGAAUAUACUUGCUCAGAGAGUAUUGAAAAAUGUUUCUGUUCCUUCCCACAACUUUGUUUUGGAAUAUACCUUUCUCACACUGCGAGGAUACUACCCGGACUCGCUGGAUAAACAAAACCAAGAUAAUUUUUGUAUUAGGACACAAAUCCAAGGUAACCCUGAUAUCCAUUUCUUUGGUGUUUUUGAUGGGCAUGGUCAGUUUGGUAGUCAGUGUUCAAACUUUGUUAGGGAUAGGUUGGUUGAAAAAUUAUCUAAUGACCCUGCAUUGGUGGAGGAUCCUGUUCGAGCUUACAAUUCUGCGUUUGCGGAAACCAAUCAUGAGUUGCAUACUAGUGACAUUGAUGAUGCUAUGAGUGGCACAACAGCAAUUACAGUGCUUGUCGUUGGAGACACCCUUUAUGUUGCUAAUGUUGGUGAUUCGAGAGCUGUGAUAGCUGCUAAGAAUGGGGAUCGGAUUACUGCAGAGGACUUGUCGUCUGAUCAGACACCAUUUCGGAGAGAUGAAUAUGAAAGAGUGAAACUUUGUGGAGCAAGGGUGUUGAGUGUUGAUCAAGUGGAAGGGAUCAAGGAUCCAAAUAUCCAGCAUUGGGGUAACGAAGAAAGUUGGGAUGGCGAUCCUCCUAGAUUGUGGCUUCCACAUGGGAUGUAUCCUGGAACUGCAUUUACAAGGAGUUUAGGGGAUAGGUUGGCGGAGACAAUUGGUGUGGUUGCUACUCCCGAGGUGUCAAUAGUUCGGCUUACGCCUAAUCAUCUCUUCUUUGUUGUUGCUAGUGAUGGCAUAUUUGAAUUCUUGUCAAGCCAAACUGUUGUUGAUAUGACUGCGAGAUAUACAGAUCCCCGUGAUGCAUGUGCCGCUAUUACUGAAGAGUCGUAUAAACUAUGGUUGGAACUUGUGAAUCGAACAGAUGAUAUAACAAUCAUCAUUGUCCAGAUUAAAGGACUUUCUAAUUCAAGUACAUCUGGAGUUGAAUUAAGUGAGGUCAAUGCUGGGACUGCAACGAGAACUCGGAAAGGAACUUCUGAUACAUCUGCUACCACUGAAUUUAAUGUUUACUCUCAGUCAUCUCAAAGAUCAAUUGAAUCGUGAUCGAAGAGAGGGGUAUUACGGAAGCUCUCCAAGCAAGUCUCCUUGUAGUUUCUCCUAAGUGGUACAUUUCUAUGUUCCAACUUUUCUGAGUCUUUUCCAUUGCUCCUGUACAUUUACCGGUAUGAGGUGCAUUGUCUUUGCAGCAAAAAUGGACCUUCUUCAGAAAAUAGAAAUUACAGUUGGUAAAAUUCAAGUUACUUGUUUACCAGCCAUACCCUUUUCAGGAAGAAAAAAAAUGUUUAACCAUACAGAAUCUCAUCUUGAGAAUGGUUUAUUGUAUCAUAAGAUAAUAAACUUUAUCAAAUGUUCCUUAAAUGCCUUUUAUGAUUCAAACAAGCAAUAAUUGAAAUCUGGAUCCUAUUGUCAA